GGAAGUACAACAGAAAUCACCUGAUUAUUUCUGCCCCUAACAGCGGUUUGGUCCCAAAUGAGUUGCAGAAACAUGGCGAGUGCACAGCGAUAUAAAGACAAGGUGGUGAUUGUGACCGGGGGUUCGAAAGGUAUCGGCAGGGGCAUCGUGAAGGUGUUCGUGCAGAACGGAUCUAAAGUUGUUUUCUGCGCUCGAGGAGUUGAAGCAGGUAAACAUGUGGAGGAAGAGCUGAAUAAAGCCGGGCCGGGUUUGUGUCACUUUGUGUCUUGUGACAUGUCUAAAGAAGAGGACAUUAAGAGGCUGAUCAGCACGACUGUCGAGCGCUUCGGACAAAUCGACUGUUUGGUGAAUAACGCAGGCUGGCAUCCUCCCCAUAAACCCACAGACGACACCAGUGCAGAGGAGUUCAGAGAUUUACUCAACCUGAAUCUGAUCAGCUACUUCCUUGCGUCUAAGUUUGCUCUUCCGUACUUGAGGAAAACACAAGGCAACAUCAUCAACGUCUCCAGCCUGGUGGCGUCCAUCGGCCAGAGACACGCCGCUCCGUACGUGGCCACCAAGGGGGCGAUCAUCUCCAUGACCAAAGCCAUGGCUGUAGAUGAAAGUCGCUAUAAUGUGAGAGUUAACUGCUUUUCCCCUGGUAAUGUGAUGACACCUCUGUGGGAGGAGCUGGCAGGACAUACAGCUGAUGCCGCUGCUGCCAUUAAAGAGGGAGAGAACGCACAGCUGCUGGGGCGGAUGGGCACCGAGGAGGAAAGUGGACUCAUGGCUCUCUUCCUGGCUGCCGACGCCACCUUCUGUACCGGAAUAGACCUGCUCCUGAGCGGCGGAGCCGAGCUCAACUACGGCUUCAAAAGUCAGAUUCCUCAAAAAAAUUAAAAAGCACACAAAUCAAAAACAACCCCAAUGUUUACAUCGUCCGAGUCUGUCGAUUGUUUCUCUUCUAUUUUUUAAACGAUGAGAAGAUCAUUACAGGAAGUAACACGGAAAUGUAUGAUUACCUUUUUAAAUGUUUUAAUGUACUGAAUGUUUACACUAAUGUUAUUUACUAACACAUUAAAAUGCUCUUGAUUCUCAGCACGAAUAAAGAUUUCUAUUAAAAAAGUGGAAAUAAAUUCAA